GCCCGCGAGGCCUCCGGCACGCGAGCACGCACGCAGGUGCCGCGCGCACUGCCGCUGCCACCAGCCCGCGCCCAACGUUGCGAAUUUUACUCGGCUCCCAAAAUGGCGCUACGAUAUCAAACUGAGGACCUACAGCAGCUGAGCCAGAGGUCAUAAGUAGACGAGCAUCCGGCAGCAGCCAUGAUGGGGUGCGGGGGUUCCCGCGGGCUGUGUCCCUGCGUGCGCGCCAAGGGCCUGAGCGCCGCGCCGGACAGCGACUCGGACGCCAGCGACGCCAGCUCCGCCAAAAGCACCCUCCACCAGCAGCCACAGCAGCAGGGCAGGGGUGGCGCCUGUCCGCCCGCCAGCGGACUGCUCGCCGCGCUGUUCCGCUGUCGCAAGGCGCGCAAGAGCGAGUUCAGCAUGCCCAAGGUCGAGAGGACUAUGAAGGCGGCGAUCCUGAUCCAGCGCUGGUACCGCCGCUACCUGGCGCGCAUGGAGGUCCGCCGCCGCUACACGUGGACCAUCUUUCAGAGCAUAGAGUACGCUGGUGAGCAGGACCAGGUGAAGCUGUACAACUUCUUCAACGCGCUGCUGACACACAUGCCGGACCCCACAGUACCACGACCCGUGGGGACGGAAGUCGCCAAGAGUCCAACCUCAGGGUCGGUGGGCGCGCAGCCAGCGGACGACGAGACCAGCGACGGAGGACUGAGCCCGGUGGACAGCACCUACAAGGGCAUCCACGUCGGCUCGCCGCUCUCCAGGGCAGACCUCGACAACCUCAUCGACUGCUUCCGAAAAAAGAAGCAGCCGCACCGCCUGCACGCGCGCUACGUGGCCAGCAUCCUGCGGGAGGCCGCCGCCGCACUCAAGCGGCUGCCCAACCUCAACCAGGCCUCCACCUCCGUCAGCAAGCAGGUCACCAUCUGCGGCGACCUGCACGGCAAGCUCGAGGACCUGCUCGUCAUCUUCCACAAGAACGGGCUGCCGUCCACGGAGAACCCGUACGUCUUCAAUGGCGACUUCGUGGACCGUGGGAAGAAGGGCCUGGAGGUGCUCCUGCUAUUGCUGGCCUGUCUGCUCGUGUUCCCCGGCGGAGUCUUCCUCAACAGGGGCAACCAUGAGGACCACAUCAUGAACACGAGAUAUGGGUUCAUCAGAGAAGUGAGACUGAAGUAUCGGCAAAACGCAGACCGGCUUCUCAAGCUGAUCGAGGUGGUGUACCGGUCGCUGCCGUUGGGCACAGUCGUCAACAACAAGGUGCUGGUGGUGCACGGCGGCAUCUCCGACAUCACCGACCUGGAGUGGGUGCGCUCUCUGGACAGGCACAAGUACGUGUCUCUGCUGCGGCCGCCCGUCACGGACAGCCAGGCGCCUGGGGCGGAGCUCAUCGACAAGAUGGAGUGGAAGCAGGUGUUCGACAUCCUGUGGAGCGACCCGCAGCCGGCGGAGGGCUGCGUGCCCAACUCGCUGCGCGGCGCCGGCACCUACUUCGGCCCCGACGUCACGGACAAGUUCCUGCAGAAGCACAAGCUGCAGUUCAUCGUGCGCUCGCACGAGUGCAAACCCGGCGGCUACGAGCUCACGCACGGCAACAAGGUGAUCACCAUCUUCUCGGCGUCCAACUACUAUGAGCUGGGCUCGAACAAGGGCGCCUACCUGAAGCUGGUGGGCAGUGAGCUGUCGCAGCACUUCGUGCAGUUCACGACAGCCACGUCGCGCGCCAAGCGUCUCACCUUCCGGCAGCGCGUCGGACUCGUCGAGAGCUCCGCCAUCCGGGAGCUCAGCACGCAGAUACUGGCCUGCCGGGACUCGCUGCUGGCAGAGUUCCGAACUCACGACCCCGGCGACACAGGCUUUAUCACGGUGAGCGAGUGGUGCGCCGCCAUGGAGGCCAAGACGGGUCUGACUCUUCCGUGGCGCAUGCUGAAGGACAAGUUGGUCAGCAUGGACCCGGCUUCCGGCCGCGUGCAGUACGUCACCACGUUCCAGGAGCAUCUACCAGGCCGCAGAGCCGUCGUGAGUAGAGCUCGCAGCACGCUCACGACCGAGACAACGGUGGCUGAAACGCUGUAUAGAAACAAAUCAAGCUUGGAAGCCAUCUUCAGGAUAAUAGACAAAGACAAUUCAGGUUACAUAUCGACGGAGGAGUUCUCGGACGCGUGUUCACUGCUGAGCGAACACCUGCAGAACCCCAUUUCGUCCGAGCAGCUGCUCGACAUCUGCCGCUCCAUGGACAUCAACAAGGACGGCCUGGUCGACCUGAACGAGUUCCUCGAGACCUUCCGGCUGGUGGACAUGGACCGCGACGAGGGCGACGACGACGAGUACGAGUCUCCAGAGGAGAGCACCCCGCGUGCCGAGUGAACAUAGAACACAGCGACACCACUGGCGGCAUCCAGCCGCGGCGGUCUCUGAUCAGGUGUAAGAACGCGUCAAGGGGACAGUGCGACCGUGGUAUCUCGCAACGGCGUCGGACAUCUGUGCCGAACGAUGUUGCUAUAAACCCCAGCAAAGUGUUGCAGAAGCUGAUCUCAAGAAGAUUCAGAAGUUUCAGUGUUGCGCGAUCUCACAAUUCAUGUUUCGUCCAUCACGUUCCAAGAUGCAGGAUGAACAUCGGUACAUGAAUUUCCUCAGCAUCAAAUAAGGAAGUGAUAUCAUACAGAUACUACCCUUCACAAUACUUGCUCCGUAUCGUAUCAUAUGGGUAGUAACCUACACAAUGCUUGUUCCAUUUAAACUGAAAGCACAAUUUUAAGCAAACGUAGUAGAACUUCCUUAUAAAUGCAUUGUGCUGCAGUAUUUCAAGUUAAGCGAACGGUACAGAACAGUGAAAAGAUAAGUAAAAAUCCAUUAUACAUCGCGAAGUUUAACUGGAAUGGUACAUGUCUCUGAUGGUGAACUUAUCGAGUUUCUAAAUGCAGAGCGUCGUGUCGACGUACAUAGAUGUAUACAAUUUUAUUUUAUCGCAACUCCCUUCAAACGAAUCCCAGCUUAUUAUUUUGAAGAACAGGACUGCAGAAUGGACAGUGAAAACCUUAAUAGAUGUAGUGAAUCUAUCCGAAUAACCAGUUGUUCUUCGUUCAGUUUGCUCAGUGUGUUAAUUCUUUUUUUAAGCACCUGUCAGUGUGCGAAACUGAUAAAAUUUCGCGAGUGGUGAAUAUAAGUAUUCAAUACUCCCAACGCACUUUUCCAAGCUUUGUCUACCAAAUAACCAAAUAAUGAAGGCGGAGAAGCAUUACCGAUGUGAUAAGCGUAUAUGGCCUCAGAAAUCACGUAUGUUGUAUACUGUGUACUCUCGUUUGAAUUCCUUCUUUGAAGAAGGAAGCGUGUUUGGAGAUUAGUGGGAAAAAAUCGUCCCACAGAUGAAGACAGUUUUAUUUACGACAGAGAAAGUAAUGUGUCUGUAUUACAGUAAGAACAGCGAGUUACUCUUUCGAAAUCUAUGCGAGACAUACAACAGGUUUUUCAAGUUUCCGUCAAUUCCUUGCUGUAACAUUCAAGAGCACCCAGAAACGAAACUUUCCUAAACGUGUGACUAAAAUUUCACCACUAAUGUUCAUAAACAACAGUGAAGGUGGUCACUACUUUUUCGUUCCUUCCGCAGUACAAUGUAAAACUGUCACAUAUUAUAUAUCCUGGGUGUGUGUUUGGUGAUAAAGCACUACGUUAACCAGUUCGAAUUUCCAGUAGCAGGAUAAUAUCUAGUCUAAGAAAAAUGCCCAAAAAGCUGGCUGUUUUGUACAAUCCCUACAUGAUAUACAUGUCUGUGUAGUGUACGAGGAACACACUAUAAUAGUGUUAUAAAAGACUAUGUGUAACAGGUUUUGUUAAAUGAAAAGUAUUUGUCACUACCGAGGCCAGACUGGAUACCUCGUUCUAUUCAGGAUUGUAACAUCAUCCCACAAAGCCCCUGCCAUUAUGGCGUGGUUGGUAUGCUAAGAAGAAAUAAUUUACUGUUAUGGGUAUUCUAUGAACUUUUCAGGAGUUAAUUAUUUUUCAUUUUUUCUUACUCUCUCCUAUUAGGGUUCUAGACGUUCUACAGUAGAGUAAUUAUCCUGUGUGUGGUGGAAAAUCGGAAACCAGAGUUUACUUGGGAUAUUGUAACGAGAAGAUCAGUAAAGAAGGACUUUUCUAAAAUAUUUUUAAAGGAGACGAUGUAGCAUUCUGAUAUGAAUGUGUUAUAUAUUUAACUAUAAAGACAAUGAAACCUUGGCAUCCUCCUAUGUUCAAACGGUGCUACUUAUUUACUGGGAAUUAUGCUAUCCAGCUUCUUCCCCACAGAGUAACGUAGAUACAUACACACUCACAAGGAAACAAGUUAAGCAUCCACAAGUAAUUAUGGAAACAUCAAUGUAGACGAUGUAAUACCAUUUUUGUAGAGCUGCAAAUUACAUUAAACGAUCAGCGGAGUUGCCAACACGAGUAUACAGUUAGUUCCACGUCGCUAGGAUGUGGAAUUCUGUCGGCCUCGGCGCCAUACAUCGAGAAUUUUCAGAUAAACUCAUAAAAUCUUUGUAUGAGUGUAGUAGCAAGCGGUUCUCAAUAUUCUGCUUAUCACCAUUUGAUUCGAGUAUAGAGGCAAGCUCAAACCAAAUGUGGUCGAAAGCAGAUGCUCUUUUCAGUAGCGUGAGUGUUUUAGCAUUGAGCAAACAGCAGACAUACGUGUGUGUUGAGUGUGCAGAGAGCUGUAUUACGAAAAUACUGUGCCAGAACUUUGUCUCACAACUGUUGAUACAUGGGGCAACAGGACUUUCUUCGUGGUGCUGGUGGUGUCUUGCAGUCGUAUCGCAUAGUAUUCCCUGUCAUUCUGUCAAAACAGUGCCUAUGUAAUACUUCCAAAAAUUGAGACAUUACUGCCCUCCCUCUUUUUUCAUGCUAUGCCCUAUCACUCCCUCAACUGUGCCAAAAAAUUCGCACAUACUGCUUCCUUCGUCGUUGAACUAAGUCAUUAUCGAAAAUUAUGAGACAGAACGUUGCGUUGUAGUGAUUCUGAAUGAUGUUAAUACUCCCCUCUAUCUCAGAAACGACAAUUAUUGAGUGAUAUAAAGUAUGGUGAUUUCACCAACAUGUAGUCGCAUGUAACAGUAUAUAUAUCUCCGCCUUCUCAUCUUCAAAUUCCGCAUGAAAUCAAUGUGACGACAGAACGAGGAAAUUCUUGAAUUUUUACGAACCGACGGAUCAAGAUUCACUCAUUCUAAGCAUGAUUCUCUUUAUGCAGACUCAACGUGAUUAUUCCACUAUGUAACAUCUUGCAACAUCUCAUAUAUGCUUUAGAAGUGGAGGGUUCUUCGUGUACCACCGUCCUUUACCAGCUGUUUCUGUUCGUAUCUUGUGAUUGAAGCGCAAAUACAUUCAGAUGCAAAUUCUUAAUACCACAGAUACAUACUGCAUGCAGUCAUGUCCUAACCCAUUCCGCUAUGCUUGGAAAUGACAGUAUGUGACGACUGCGGUCGCAAUAAAUGUUUUUAACAGCCAUAUGUGGAAUAACUACAUUCAGUCACUACUUAUACGGUUGGGCCCAGUUCUUAACAACACAUCGUAGAUAUCUAAUUAUACGGAAUGACUACAUUAAGUAAGUAUAUUAAGCUUGUGGACUCAGUCCUCUUCAAAAUACCGCAGAUACGAUAUGGUACUGAAGAUGAUUACUGAUUAGUGACAUAUGUGGACCAUUUCUGUUUGGUGCUCAACUUCUUCGCCUGUGAGAGGGUGUGUUUAUAAGAGACGCUAAUAAGAGGUUUGUUAAAAGUUACACCAUUACGAUUUUAAGAAUAAAAAGUUCAAUUAUGCCUACAAUAAGUUUAAAAGUAUAUGAACGAUUUUUCGUAUUGGUGCAGAAGAGUAUGUUACAAGACCAUUAAAGUUUCCAAGGACUUUGCUCUUUUACAGAAUGCACCUCGCUAGUCAGCACUUCUUUUCUCAUUGCCUUCUGAUCAGAACUAAAUUGUUAGUAGAAUAGAAAUGACUGUAACAACAUAAUUAGCGAAAAUUUAAAUUUACCGUUACUGUAAACGUAAGUGGCAACAUGUUUUUAAACAUUUAUCUCUAGAAUGUUUUACAAAAAAAUGCAAAUAGAGAAAGAUGCGCUGUCUGAUUCUGAUAACUUGGUUACAUGUGCAGAACCUUGUUACUGGAUUACUCGUGAGACCAAAAGUCAACAUUUCCAUUGAAAUCCUUUUAUAUCAUAUUUAGGUCUAGGUAAUUUUGGCUGCGUAUUAUAUUUGUGUGUUAUUUAUGACUCCAAAUGUGACUAGGUGGUCUACGAAACAAUGUCUCAAAAGAAAGUCGAAAAAGUACAUGUCGGGCGUGUAUGUUGAACAGCGGCAGUUUCUUACAAUAAUGAGGACAAUGCGGGUAUAAAUUAUUUAUGAAUGUAUUCCUAUACACCUAUAGCAUAUACAGAUACAUAUAUAUAAUAUUAUGUGGUAGCAAAUCUAUAACAAGUGUUAUUAAAUGUGUCUUUUGAGAUCAUUUUUGAAUCCAAGCUGCAUGCCCUGCCACAAGUUCUUUCAGUAAGUAAAUGUCUGAGCCUUUCCUUGCGUCGAUAAUGAAUGCAUGUCAUUUUUGAAACACCUUAGAACUGUUCGACUUACGUGUGUUCUUUUCGUAUUUAAUUAAUGAUGUGAUUAAGUUUUGUGAAUCCUCAUCUAUUACUUCUCUUGCGUCAUAGAAGAAUUAUUAUUUAUUUAGGAAAAAAUUCGACAUGAAUUGAGUUCUCAACCACUGCUCCUUGACACUUCAACGCUGGAACAACUGUCCCACGCUUCAGCUCUGUCACAUAACAUGUCAGUGACGGACGCCCAACGGGAGACUGGGCAUGGUGAGAUAAAGUACGUAUUUGUCAUCCUUCUUUUCGAUCCAAACUUUGGACCGGUGGUGACUAAGUAAUAUGUAAAUAUCUCUGUCUUUUUUGUGUUUAGACUCAUAAGACUCAUAAAAAUUACUGCAUUUCACAUUAUCUUGAUCAUCAUCAUCAUCUUCAUGCAAUAAAGGCCAAGCUUUGUUGACGUAGCCAACAUUAGCCUAUCUGUCUCUAGUCAUUUUUGUCAUUUGGUUGUAGUUGCUGAAGUCUCUCCUCAUGUUAGCAUUUUGUAUUAUGGAUGAUCUGGACCUGUAUUUUUCCUAGACUUUUUCCUUCUAAGAUGUUUUUAUGAACUUGUAACGUCGAAUUAGGCGACCGAUACUUUUAGUUUUUCUUCUCUCUAUUAUAAAUAUCAACGUGUUUUUUUUAAUUUCCUUUACUAGUCGUUCAUUGGAUUUUCUUUCACUCCAUGAUGUUUCUGUGGCUGAUACUCUAAUUUACAUCCAAAUUGCUUGCAAUGUUUUUUUUUUAAUUUCUUGUUUCCCCUGAGUUCACCCUUCACAACUGCAGCACACUGCAAAUUAAUCAUAUUUGUUUCUACAUUGAGGUGAAUGUUUGUUAAUAAAUUAUUCUCAUUUUAAUGGCUUGUUUGGUCUCUACAGUUCUUAUUUCAAUAUCCACUUUACUUCUCUUGUCAUUCAUCACUUUACAAGUAGCAAAAUUAAUUUGCACUAGUAUAAUAUUUCUUACAUUGAUUCUUGAUGUUUGCACCUUAUUUGUCUCCUCAGUUUAUCUGUCACCAGUAUUGUAGUGUGGGUUGUGUUCCUUUUCAGUGUGUGGUUCUGCAAGGCAUCAGAUAAAAUUUUAUAUAUAUACUCCUUUUCAGAACCUGCUUAGAUUACUAUAGCAUCAGCAAAUCGAAUACUAUGUUUCUGUUUAUCAUUAGUUUUAAUUCCUUUGGAUCCACUUUUGAUUGACUGUGUUACACUUUGGUGUGAAUUAAUUAAAUAUCAAUGGAAAGAGACGUUAGCUUUGUUGGACGCUUCUUAUGUUAGCCUCUUUCUUAAUGCUAGUGAUAUUUAUUUCUGUACUCAGUCCUUUAUCUCUUCUGUCUACUCCAAUUUCAUACACUUUUCUAAACAUACUCCUCCCGUGCACUCCAUUAGAACUUUUCUCUAUGUCAAUGAUUGUUUACCUGUUCACCUGAAUUGUUGUUUUUUAAAAUAAUUUGUGGUACCAUUAUAGUUUUCCUGGUUUCAUGUCCUUUCCUAAAUUUAGAUUGGUACUCAACUAAACAGAAUGUUAACUUAGCUUUAAAUUUUUUAACAACACUGAGUGGACUUCUUGAUGUACAUAGUCUACUAACGCCAAAUUUCCAUAAUCUAACCUAUCACUGGCAUUUUCGUUUUGAGUUAUGGUAAUAUUAGGCUUUUCUUAAUUCCAUUAGUAGUAUUCCAUCACCAUAAUGGACACACAUCAAUUUGUAGAUUAUUAGUUUUGGCUUAUGUCAGAGAUUCUUUCAUAAUUCAACAGUAAUGUUACCUCUUCUAGUCAAUCUCUUGUUGGUAGGUUUUUCAGCAUUGUAGAAUUCUGACCUUGUAACUGGAGAUCCUAUGAGUAAAUUUUCUACUUUUUCCAUUGUGUGUAAGUAAUCUGAAUCAUCUCAGGCAACUUCGCACACAUACAGUUCUUAAAUGUAUUUUUUUUCAUAUGUCUCAGAUUUGUAUCACUUUCAAACAUAGUGCUACAUUUUAAUCCCUAACUAUUUUGCUACAAGAUCCACAUUUAAAUUUUAGUACUAUUUUUUAAUUUAUUUGUCUCUGUUUCCUUUCACUAGGUCUUCUUCUACCUCCCUACAACUCUCUACUUACACAAUUAUCAUUUAUCUUAUUCUAUUCGACCCAUGGCUGUUAUUUGGUUUUUUACAUGUCUAUAUUGGUAAAAAUUUCUUUUUCUCAAUAUAUUUCGGCCCCUUAUUAGAUGCAGUACUUCUGAUGGCAUCCAUAGUGUUCACAUGAUAUACAUACAGUACAAGGAACAUCCAGAUAUGAUCAACAACAAAGAAGGUUUUUUAUAUUUUGUAUGGCAGGUGGUUGAGUCACUGUUUUUUCUGCAUUAUUAUUAGUAGUUAAUUUUACUUUACCUAUAUGACUUCAUUGUAAGAUCUAUUGUAACUAUAAUUUUGGCAUUUCUUUUUGUUAUCGGUCGAGUAUCCAGAUACAGAGAUAUGAUGGGAGCUCAUAAUUUAAAGAAAAUGAAAAAAUAAAAACCAGUUGCAAACUUCAAUUGGCCAGGUUACAUUUUGUAACUGUACACUGAUGUAGUGAAUAACUUAAAAUGUUUUCUUUCAUCUUGUAGUAAGGGAUCAUCAUCAUUGGUUUGCGAUAUAAUGUAGUGAUGAUACAGUCUCGUUGGUCCGUCAUAUGACAGCUCACAGCAUUAAAGCACUGCAACAGAUUAAAAAAACCACUCUCUGUAUGUGAUAACAAAAUCUAUAAUUACAAUUCUACGAUAUGUUUAUGAAAUUCAGCAUGGCAUCAGCAAGAGGAUAAAUUUGUUUCUGAAG